AUUUACUGCCUUGGGAAGGACACCAUUGUGUGAGCUACAUUCUCAGGCUGAAGGGCACAGUGUGUCAUCAGCUGGGAGAACUAACCAGCUCUGUCCUCUCUUUUGCUCCUCAAGGUGCUCAAAUCCCCUGUGUGUUGGAAGAGUCGUUUCUCUGCGACUGACUUGUUGCAGCAACAUCCUUGAGUGAUUUGCCUAAUUAUUAGAGUUGCCUCAGAAUGGCAUCAAAGACGCUGAUACAUCACACACAGGAGGAGCAGAGUGAUCAGAUGUUUCACAGCCUCCAAACAUCCUCCACAACCACCAAGAAGAAAUUCAAGUCGAGUGAUGAGGAGGUCACAUACCAAGAAUUCCACCCCUUUGUGUCCCCUGAGGUCAUGUCUAUGAAGGAACUUCUGAACUUUGGUGCAUCCUCUCGCUCAAAGCCCUGGGAGUACAUGGCCACUGCGGAGGAGCGGCAGGAGAGGGAGAAGAGGACACUGUUCGGGAACGAGGUGGAGAAAUUGGAGGUGGCGGUGAUCCUAGACCAGCGAAUCAUGAGGCGUCGAGUCGACCGGAAAGCCCUGCGCCGCAAGGCACAGGAGAAGGCCAUGGUCCAGAAGAACAUUCUGGAGCUGAGGAAGAUGCGACCCCCUGACUUCCUCAUCCCCCUGCGCAGCCAUUCAGUGUGGGAGCAGAUGGAUGUGAAGCUGUCCUGCACUGUCCAGGGCUGCCCAGAGCCAGAGGUCACAUGGUAUAAGGAUGGAAUUCCAUUACAAAGGUCCUCACUUCAGCCCUGGAAGCACAAGAUACAGAAAAUGUAUGGUCUCCACACACUGGAGAUUAAAAGAUGUACUCCUGAUGAUUCAGGGGAAUACAGAAUAGUGAUCACAAGUUGCUUGGGCACAGCUUCCUCCUACGCUAUGGUCUUUGUAAACUCAUGCCAUGGUCCGCAGUCAGGAUAUGACCACACACAAGCCCCAAUUGCAGCGUCUGAGAAGGAGGCAGAUUUUGAGGCAGCCUUCAAGCCGUCUUUCGCCAAAGAGGGAGAAGCCUUCACCCUGUCUUGCGGAUUUUCUUCUGCCUUGCUAGCACACCAGCGUGGAAUCACCUGGCUUAGAGAUGGAGUCCCACUCAAAGAAUCCGAGGGAAUUGAGAUCAACACUGGACCUAGUGCAACAACUCUGACAGUGAAGGAGAUGCACAAAGAGCAUGAAGGCGUGUACACUAUCUGCCUGCCUGCUGCGAGUGGAGUCAAGGAGCACAGCGCAUACAUCUAUGUUAAAGACGCAGCAGCAGCUGUAGUCGGGGCGCCAGGGUCCCCUCUCAGUGUGGAGUGCCGCGACGUGCACAAGGAUUAUGUGUUUGUGACCUGGACACCGCCAAGUGCAGAUGGUGGAGGCCCUGUGUUUGGUUAUUAUAUUGAUAGGUGUGACGUAGAGACUGGAGAGUGGGUGCAGUGCAAUGAGACCCCUCACAAGUUCUGCCGGUACCCAGUCUUUGGCCUCUUGGACGGCAAGAGCUACCUGUUCAGGGUAAGAGCGGUGAACAACGCCGGAAUUGGUCGACCCUCCAAGAGCAGCAAUCCUGUGACUAUGACAGACCCCGCCGAGGCUAGCAGGAUCAUGGUGGUGAAGCUGGAUAAAGGAAAGGAGAUAAUUAUUACUAAGGACGAACUUGAAGCGGACAUUCUUGUUCCCUUACCACCCACUGGUGUGCAUGCCAGCGAGAGCAGUGAGAGCUACGUCAUACUGAGCUGGGCCGAACCAGACCCGCGGGGCAGGGAGCAUCUCUCCUACUACAUAGAGCAGUCCGUAGCGGGCAGCAACAGCUGGAUGAUGUCAAACUUGGAUAUUCCUGUGAACUCUCCGAGGUUCCCUGUGUUUGACCUCCAAAAAGGACGCUCCUAUCUCUUUCGAGUCCGAUCGGUCAAUAAGUACGGAGUCAGUGACCCGUCUGACUGCAGCGAACCCAUCUCGCUGAAGGAAAAAACUGCACUGCCUCCUCCUGCACAUGGCAUUGUGGCCUACAGGGACACAGACACGUCAGUGUUGCUGCAGUGGGAGGAACCCAAGAACGCUCAGGAUAUUAUUGGCUACUACGUCUACAGCUGUGAGGCCGGGACAGACAAGUGGCUGACAGUUAAUAACAAGCCAGUUAAUGGCAACAGGUUUGCAGUUCAUGGCCUGACGCCUUGGAAGAGCUAUGUGUUCAAAGUGAAGUCAGUGAGCGCAGCAGGGAGCAGCGAAUACUCCGAGCAGUCAGCACCUAUUGUAGUCAAAGCAGCAAUCUCCCCUCCUUCCCCGCCCUUGGCUAUAGCCCUGCUGAACUGUGGGAGUACGGAGAUGGUGAUUGGUUGGAGAGCUCCGGCCAGAAAUGGUGGGAGUGCCAUACAGGGCUACUUCCUGGACCAAAUGGACACUUCAGAGCUGGUCUGGCAUGAAGUCAAUGUCAAGCCGACCUCUGAAAGGGUGUACAAGGUUUGCAGCCUGCAAGAAGGUCACUCCUACCAGUUCAGGGCUUUCGCAAUGAAUAUUGUGGGCAUUGGAAAACCUUCAGAACCCAGCAGUCCGUUCUUAUGCCAGGAAUGGAAUAUGCCUGAACCUGGCUGUCCCUAUGACGUGACAUGCAGGGAGGUCCGGAGGGAUUCCCUGGUGCUCCUGUGGGAGAAGCCAUUGUACGGAGGUCACAGUCCCAUCACAGGGUACAUGGUGGAGAUGUGCGAGGGGAGAGAGCCGGAGGCGGAGGACUGGAAAGCGGUAGUGGAAAAGCCCACUGUAGGGACCUAUUUAAAGGUGUCUGGACUUGACGCUGGUCGGAUCUACAAGUUCCGCGUGUCAGCGGUGAACUCGGCAGGGGUCGGCCAGCCCUCUCUGCCGUCUGAGGAGAUCAGAGCGGAAAUCAAGCCAGGAGUGAAAGAUAUUGAAAUUGGUGUUGAUGAGGAUGGAUUCAUAUUCUUGGCAUUUGAGUCGCCAGAGAUGAAUGACUCAAGCCAGUUCAUCUGGGCAAAGAAUUACCGUGAUGCAAUAGAUGCUGGAAGAGUCAAAAUCGAAUCCAAACAUAACAGAUCCAGACUCAUUUUCACCAAUCCAUCCGAGAAGGACCUGGGUUUGUACACAGUGGAAAUAAGUGAUAUCAAUGACAUCUCUUCCAGCUACGCUUUUACAGAAAAAGACUUGGAGAGACUUUUGAAACUUAGCUGGCAAGUAAGGAACCCGUUGAUUGGUCUGGUAUCGGGCUGGGAAGUCGAGGUCUUCGAAAAGGGAGAUGUCCGCCUCUGGUUGCAAGUCGAAAAGCUAAGCCCUGCCGCAGAGCUCAGACUGAUCUUCAAUGAUCAGGAGAUUACCAGCAGUCCGACUCGCAAGAUCAAUUUCGAUAGAGCCAAGGGACUGGUGGAGAUAUUGAUUGACCCAUUUUCUGAUGCUAAUGAGGGGUCUUACACCGCCCAGCUGAAAGAUGGACGCGCAAAGAAUCAGUUCACCUUGGUGCUCGUGGAUGAUAAGUUCAGGCAGACUUUGGCUCAGGCACAGAGCAAAAGGAGAGACUGGAAGAGAAAGUGUGGGCCAUAUUUUCUGGAGUUCUUGUCUUGGAAAGUGACAGAAAACUGUGAUCUUCACUUCUCGUGCAAGGUCACCAACACAAAGAAGGACACAAGUCUGAAGUGGUACAAGGAUGGAACCGAGAUUCCUCAAAUUGAAUAUAAUCCACAAACGGGGAUCUGCACCUUAACGAUCCCACAGGUGACUAUUAAGGACAUAGGUGUGUACAAAGCAGUGCUGUCUGAUGACCGAGGGGAGGACAUCAGUACUGUUGAUUUAGUAGAUCAAGAAUUUGAAAAGCUGCAGCAGGAGCUGUGCAGGCAAUGCGCCCUGUCUGCGGGCCCACUGGAGGUCCAGCCCACUGCUGAAGGGUUUAAGCUGUAUUGCUCUUUGAAGUACUAUUUGGACUACAUGAAAACCAGCUGGUACUUCAAAGAGAAGAAACUGGGCAGCGAAGCAAGAACUCAGGCUGGGAGCAGCAUGAACAAGGUGUGGUUAGAGAUCUUUAACCCCACGGAAUCCGACAGAGGGAAAUACACACUGGAAAUGUUUGACGGUCGAGACCCACACAGACGAACCCUCGAUUUGUCUGGCCAAGUAUUUGCAGACGCCUUGAUGGAACACCAGAGGCUAAAACAAGCAGCAAUUGCUGAAAAGAACCGAGCAAGAGUAACCAAGGGGUUACCUGACGUGGUGGCCAUCAUGGAAAAUAAGUCUCUGUGUCUCACCUGCUUCACGGCCGGAGAUCCGACCCCUGAGGUCUUCUGGAUGAAGAACGAAAGAGAAAUCGUCACGGGAGAGCAGUACAAAAUCACGACAUCGGCCGGGUGCAGCUCCAUCACUAUAAACCAAGUGACGGCGGAGGAUUCAGGCAAAUACAGCAUCUUCGUGAGAAACAAGCACGGGACACAGACGGAGGAUGUCACCGUCAGCGUCUACAAGUAUGGAGAGAAGCCCAGUGCAGGAGCUCUGGAAAUGUAGAGCACCGCCCUACCGGAAAGAUCAUAAAACCAGUCGUAUCAUUUCAUUCUAUUUACUGCUUUUCAGUUUCUUGCACGUGGUAGUUUAGCACAGAAAUGUCUGAGCCCAGGCCUGCAAAGCACUACAGAACAACCUUUCAAAAGAGGCAAAAACAAGAAUUAGGUCACAAGAUUGUUUUAAAAACCUGAGUCAUGUAACAGAAUAACUUUAUUUACAUUACUCAUGGUUAAAGAAGUAAAUAGUGACACAUUUUAUACAACCUCUCUGAACAUUAUACAAAGAGAGGCGUUUUUAUGGCCUAGUUAUUUCUGCAACUUUUGAACAGUGUCUUCUGGUGGAUAUUUCAGCUGAGCUCUGAAUGACUUAAUUGGAUCAAUAUUGUUUAAUGUGCCUGGGUAGUUGUGCAAAUGUAUUUUAAUGACAGUUGACAAUGAGUUAUCUACAGGGGUAAUGCAUGAGGCUGGAUAGGAACGUAUUAGAAUUGUAUUGAGGCAACCGUGUAAAAGAACAUUAAUUAGCUGUUGUAAACCGGGUAUCUUCAUGGAAUUACGUGGCCCUCCAUGCCCUGUUAUCAAGAAGGCUGCAGGAAAUGAAUUGCUCUGGUGGUUUGUUUUAUCUGCAACCACAGGGUACAGCUGUUUUUGGUGUCUGCAACUUCCUCAGUCAGAAUGUGCAAAGCAUUUUGAAAUUAAAUCCCUCAAAGCUCAAAGGAAGAGAUAAAAGAAACUAAUAAAGCUAAUGCAACAUUCUGUACUGCUUGAUUUUUAAAUUAAGCAUUUUAUUAGAACUUAAAUAAUUAUAUUGUCACUACCGAGUUAACCAAUCAUCCUGAAGUUGCACAUUGAAAAGAAACCAUUGCUUUCAUGCACAAUGUUCCAUCCCACUGAAACAAAACACAGGGGUCAUUAGACUUUAAUUUAUACUGUAUCACACUACAAAAGAAGAGAAAUUAAUUAUAUUUGCUUACAUUAUAUUGGAGAAUUUACAGAAAUGUGAGCAUUUACAUUUACAGGGAAAUCAUUGAUUUUCUGAAAAAAAAUUAUCAGAUAUAGUUCAACGCCUUUAAGAACAUUUUUAAGGAUAUGUCAGAAUAGUCAGUCUUGCCACGUGCUUACAGUCUUCAAACAAACAUGCAAAUGUGAGAUCGGGACACUGGGCACAGAAUUGCCGUGCUAGGCUCAGUUGGAAAUUACAUGCUGUUUUAACAGCAUUUUCAGCUUUCUGGUCAGAUAAGCACCCAGGUUCAAAAUUCAAUUUGUACCUAUGUUAUCUGUCAUUAAAAGCAGAUGACAUUGAUAGGGUAUAAAGCAAGCUGCCGUGUACUCAGAACAGAUUAGAUUAAGUACAAAGACGAGCCUAGUUUGUUCUUUUAUUAGCGUAAUUUAUGCAUAGUUUCCAGCAUUAUAGCCGGUUAAUUCCAUCGUAAAUCACACAGCAGCACAGGAGCGAUUAACCUUAUGCUGCUACUGUCAUUUGUCACCAUAAAGCCCUGAUCACUAGUUGCAUUUAUGUUAAUGAAGCUUGCAUUAUCAGACCUACAAAUUCUACUUUAAAAAAUUAAAAUGUUUACCCUUUUUAAGAUAGUCAGUGAAGAAAUGUCACUGUGCAAGAUAUCUCUUUUUUAAUAUAGGAAAAGUACACAGUUGCCUCUGUGUCCUAGAUGCCAUUCACCUCUCCUCUGGUCACCUCAGAGUCAUUUUUGCCACCUUUCCUCUCUUUCCAAUUUAUCACCUGCAAUACCACAGUUAGCCUCCAGUGGAAGAUGGAGAAUUAAAAAUGCACACCCACCAAUCACUCUGGUUGUAUUUUAAAUUAUCGCAUUAUAUGUAAUUAGCACAUCAUUUCAUUAGCACACCAAGAUUCCAUUCUUGGUGUAACAACUUGCAAAAGAAAAAAGAAGCAAACUUUGCUCUCAACUGGAAAGUAUCGACAGUUUCAUGUUUCAGCCACUUUUGAAAAUGAAUUCAGCCAUUCCGUCACGAUUACACGAUUUUGUGUCAAAAGUGUUGGGCUAUUUUGCAAGUGGAUAAAACAUUGAGCUGUUUUGCUUUUGCUUUUUUUAAAAAAAGGGCAGAUUCGACGAUUUGUUUUUUAGUAAAUACCCACAUAGUUUGGAAGGGGCGAUUUAGAUCACAGCCCACAGUGAUGACUCGUGUACCUAUUUGGAGAGAGCAGGAAGUGAAGGUUGGUUUCUCCACCCUGGCCAGGACUGGAGCAAUUCAGUGCUGUUGGGUAGAGAAGAGAAUUCCUCACUGGCUUCAUCAUGGGCCGUCAGGUGUCUGGGAAUGCGGUGAGAGCCAAGACCAUCGUGAAUGACUAACCCCGUCCCUGAUGAUACUGAGCCCAAUCUGGGGUCAUAGUGACAUGAUCCAGGCUUGAAUUUGCAUAGCCUGAGCGAUAGAAGUGAACUUGUGCUCAGGGUGGGCGCCUUUUCCGGUGGAGCCAGCUGGGAGCCAAGAAUGUCGAACUUUAAAAGCAAUGGGGAAAAAAAUAAAUAAAUGUAUUGAGUGCAAA